GAUCGGGGCUGGAAAGUCCCUCUGAAAGGCUGUUCUUUGUGUGGCGACUGGCGAGAGCUGUUUUGUUUUUGCUUAACAGCUCUCGUGGGUUGUGAUACGUUUUACAAUGUGCGGGCAUCAAAAAGACUGAUUUAACAUUGUGUAAUUAUACACUGGAAGAUUGAGGAGAGUGUGCCAUAGACGUAGCAAAGCGACACGGACAAGGGAAGGAGUUUGAAGAGAUGGGAAAUUGUCUGAAAUCUCCUACCUCGGACGAUAUCUCAUUGCUGCACGAAUCUCAGUCGGACAGGGCUAGCUAUGGUGAUGGGACCGACCCUGAUCAUGAACCUCCUCCACCGUACCAGGAGCAGGGUCACGUCCCUGUGUAUCACCCCACGCCCAGUCAGGCCCGCUUGGCCACCCAGCUGACGGAGGAGGAGCAGGUGCGCAUCGCCCAGCGCAUCGGCCUCAUCCAGCACCUCCCCCGCGGCGUGUACGACCCAGGACGCCACGUCACCGAGAAGAAGAUCAGAGAGUGUGUGAUCUGUAUGAUGGACUUUGUGUACGGGGACCCCAUCCGGUUCUUGCCCUGCAUGCACAUCUACCACAUGGACUGUAUAGACGACUGGCUGAUGCGCUCCUUCACCUGCCCCUCCUGCAUGGAGCCCGUGGAUGCCGCUCUGCUGUCCUCCUACGAAACCAACUGAACACACACACACACACACACACACACACACACACACCAGAUGCUGUGACGCUCUGGUCCAACUGAUACACAAACAUACACACACUCAAACUGCACACCUCCCCCCCCCCCCCCUCCUCCUACCUACAACCAAACCUUUAAAUGCUAGAGGCCCUGUGAGACCAAACUAUCUGUUUUAGGUCACUGGGUCCCCCAUCCCCCAUGGAGGGAGUCAGAUGGCUGAGCGGUGAGGGAGUCGGGCUAGUAAUCUGAAGGUUACCAGCCGUGCCAAAUGACGUUGUGUCCUUGGGCAAGGCACUUCACCCUACUUGCUUCGGGGGGAAUGUCCCUGUACUUACUGUAAGUCGCUCUGGAUAAGAGCGUCUGCUAAAUGACUAAAUGUAAAUGUAGAUCCCUCAUCCACCUCUUCAUCCACAACUUCCUCUCCUUCACUGGACUGGGGAGAAGGUAUUCACAGGACAGACUGGCUAGUUGACCAGGUGUGUGCUGACUUGUUGGCUGACUAGUAGAGCUGCAGAAUUCUGGGGAUUUUUUUUGGGGGGGGGGGGCAAGUCAAGGAACUGAUUUAACAGCUGCUGGUCUGGACAUCACCAACUAGCUACUGGUUGGUUGGCUGACUGGUUGGCUGGUCUGGAGAACUCGGGUUCAGAGAGGUAUUCCUGGCAGGGUGGACAAACGGACUCAGGGAGCAUAGCUCCACCCUCCCCUCCAGGUAUCCCUGUUGCCUUGUCCAGAGAGCGGGGGGGAGAGAGGAGACAUUUUGUGUCCUGGAAGACCCGACUGGUCCAUGGAAGAAAGUCACCAGCCAGAGGGACUUUGUGGGUGUUUAGAUAUCCGCUACGGAGACUGUUCCGCUACGGAGACUGUUCUACAAACAGCACAUCCACUAUAAAGACUGAUAAAUGUGUGUAUAGUAGUCAAGAGACAUUUGAUUUGCGUGUGUGUUGUGUGUGUGUGUGUGCGCUCUCGCACUCAGCUAACCAUCAAGGGCUCAGUUGAUACCACUUCCUUCUCUGCAACCACACAGGAGCCAUCUAGUGGUGAGGCACAGUACUGCGCUGCACAGGGGACUUCUGGAUCUGAUCCCAGCUUCAAGUCAUGUUGGGUUUAAGCAUACAGUGCAGAUGAUAGUGUCGAAAUUAUCAUUCCACCCGCACCACAUACAUACACGUCAUGCACACAUCACACUGGUAUUGCAAUGACAGUUGAUUUCAGGAACAUCUUGAAAUAUUGUCUUACGUGCAACCGUGUAAUCAAACGUCACUAUAAGCACAAGAAAUACAAACGUUCAAGAAGAAGAUGGCUCCCAAGUAUUUGUGUUAUAAAGAAAGAAGCGAGUCGCGCUCCUUCUUCACCGUACGGAAGGUGUCUCGUGCUGAGGACUAACCCUCACUGACAUUUAAAGAGGUUUAAAACAUGCCUUGAGUGUUUUUGUGUGUGUGUUUGUUGGGGGGGGGGGGGGGGGCGCUGUAAAUCAUUCAGAUUUUGCACAGUAUAGAUGUAUCGUUAGUUUUGUAAUAUUUUAUUUUCCAGUCAUUAUGGAGUUUUGUUGCCUUAGCACGGACGUCCUCGUUAUGUAAACUAACUGGUGUUCUAAAUCGAAUGCACCCACUAGCUUUCCACCUGGGCCCACCACCACAAGGUGUUCACUUCGUUCACUGUUCUCUAGUAGGAUGUAUUUUUUAUUACCGUAAAGCUUUCUACCGUAAAGCUUUCUUUAACCGUAAAGUAAAAAAACGAAAUGGGAUGAUCAUUCACCUGUUUGUCUUGCAUUCUAAUUUAGGUAACUAAGAAAAUAGUAAAGACAAUUGAAAUAAUUAAAACGUUUAUGAACUCCACCAGAAGCAAUUUAUAAUAUAUCGGCGUAAUAAACAAGUCCACACGUGUGAUUCACAGCAAUGUAAAUGCGUAUUCCUUAGCAUUCAUAGACCCCCCCCCCUCCCCCCAUUAAGGACUACAACAAGUGCAGAUGCCCACGGGCCUGUGCGGCGCGGGCGCGUUUUGUCUUUGCAUGUGCGAGGUUGUUUGUUUAUGUGUGUGCCUGUGAGUACUUUCUUUGUUCUUUGUAAGUAUACAUAUAAUAUACUGGCAAUUAAUAAAUGAAACUAUGCUAUGGAA